AUGCCACGACCGGGACGAAACACAUACAGUGACCAGAAACCGCCGUACUCCUACAUCUCCCUCACCGCCAUGGCCAUCCAGAGCUGCCCGGAAAAGAUGCUCCCCCUCAGUGAGAUUUACAAGUUCAUCAUGGACCGGUUCCCCUACUACAGGGAGAACACGCAGCGCUGGCAGAACUCCUUGCGCCACAACCUGUCCUUCAACGACUGCUUCAUCAAAAUACCGCGGCGACCGGACCAGCCGGGGAAGGGCAGUUUCUGGGCCCUGCACCCCAACUGCGGCGACAUGUUCGAAAACGGGAGUUUCCUCCGGCGCCGCAAGCGCUUCAAAGUCAUGAUGGCCUCCGACCACUUGGCGCCCAGCAAGCCGUCGGACGCGGCGCACUAUCUGCAACAGCAGGCCAAGCUCCGCCUGAGCGCCCUGGCGGCCACGGGGACGCACCUCCCGCAGAUGUCCGGCUAUAACAUCGGCGUCUCCCAGCCGUCCACUUUCAAACACCCGUUUGCGAUCGAGAACAUCAUCGCCAGAGAGUACAAGAUGCCGGGGGGACUCGCCUUCUCCACCAUGCAGUCCAUGUCGGCGGGCUAUCCGCUCCACAACCAGCUGACCACUGCGUGGCCCCACAUGUACGGCACCAGCGUGAUGGACACGGCGGCUCCCAUUUCAAUGGCCGGUGAUUACUCGCCCUACGGAAUGCCCCUUAAGUCGAUUUGCCACGGUGGCCAGACGUUACCUGCCAUCCCCGUGCCAAUAAAGCCGACGCCGGCGUCCGUGCCAGGCCUCUCCGCGCUGCCAGCUCACAUCCCGGCUUUCUUAGCGAACUCGCCCCAGUCCCUGAGCCCGACCUCCCCCCAGACAGCUACCAGCCAAAGCAGCCCCGUCACGCCCGGCGAGGCGCUGACGAGCCCCCCCUCGGCGCUGCAGUCCGUGGUGGCGGUGCACUGA